GCUGUAAUUUUGCAGUCGUGUUAGCGCAGAGCAGAGAAGUGGAUUUCCAUUGUGGCGAGGAUUGAGUUUACAGUUUGUACUGUUAUAUAAUUUCGUCUUCGUUGGGUGUCUUUGGCGGCGUAUUCUUCUCUCGGUUGCUGAUUACUCGCCGUUCAUCCCGGAAUGGCCGAACCGAGCGCCAGAUAUCAGCAGCUGCCCAAUGAGGAGGACCCAGAAGAGAAUCCACAAGUAGCAGCUGAUGCUCCACCGCCGUACAGCAGCAUCGCACCGGAAAAUUCUGCCUACUUUGACUACAAAGAAGACGGGGUUUUCCCUAAGCCUCCAUCAUACAACGUAGCAACUACGCUACCUUCCUAUGAUGAAGCUGAAAGAACCAAGGCAGAGACUACUGUUCCCCUGGCAACUGGCAGACAGCAGCCUCAGCACAGGGAACGGCUGGAGACUUUUGACGAUGUAAUUCGCAGUUCACUGGAGGAUGAAGACUUUGUGACCAGAGAUGACUUUGAAGAUGCUGAUCAGCUGAGGAUAGGAAAUGACGGCAUCUUCAUGCUCACUUUCUUCAUGGCAUUCCUGUUCAACUGGAUCGGUUUCUUCCUGUCGUUCUGUCUGACCACCUCGGCAGCCGGACGAUAUGGGGCCAUCUCAGGCUUCGGUCUCUCCCUCAUUAAAUGGAUCCUCAUAGUCAGGUUCUCCACAUACUUCCCUGGUUACUUUGAUGGACAGUACUGGCUGUGGUGGGUGUUCCUGGUGUUGGGCUUCUUGCUCUUCCUCCGAGGAUUCAUCAACUAUGCCAGAAUCCGCAAAAUGGCCGACACCUUCUCCACCCUGCCCCGCACCCGAGUUCUCUUCAUCUACUGAGCCCACAAACCAUCAGUUUCUUUCAUUAUUUUUUCCUUUUUUUUUUUUAAGUGAGACAUACUGUCUGCCGUUAUCCAAUCAGAAAGGGGGGGGGAAAUACCCCCCCCCGCUUGACAUGAUUUGGACAAUACGACAUCUGCCGUCCCCCUCUUGGUGUAAAACAGUGAAUGCUGAAAUUUCUGUAAAACCCUUCAGUUGUUAGUGGUGAACUGUCAAGUGCUAUUUGCAAUUAUGAAGUGUGUAAUGUAUAAAUGAAUGCCUUAUUUUAUUCUCUGUCGGUAGCAGCAGAAUGCACUGUUCUCCUAUUUAGCCACCAGGGGGCAGUCUUGUUUGUGUUAUUUUUCACAAGUCUUCUAUCCGAUGAAGUCAUUUGUAUAGAAAAAAAUGGUGGUUCUCAGCCCAGGGGUCAGUGGGUAAUUUUGGGGUUAUGGGUUGAUUUACACAACAUGAGAUAAUAUAUUUCCAAUUUAAUGUGCUUUUAACCCUUCUGACCAAUGCUUUUUGUUCCUUGUGAAACAGUACAUAAUUCAGGUAAUAGAAGGCUGUAAAGGGAAAAUGAUCGUUUUCAUGGGCUCACAUGUAUAGAAGACCAGGGGCCAGGUUUCCCCUUGGAAGCAUUUUCCUUAUGUAUUUAUGAAUCGCCCAUAUGCUCUCUGUAAUUAGGGAUGUUGUUUCCUUACGUGCUAUAGUUAUAUAUCAGCAGGAAGGUAGAGCUGCAGGGAUGUUCAGGGGAGCCAGGAGCAGAGCUUCUGGGGCAGGCUGAGGGCCGCUGCCUAGCUCAAGGGCAGGUAGAUAGUCUGUUACUGGAUUUAAAUGUGCAAUAGGACACUUCUGGUCAAAUAUAAGAUUCCAAGCGCCCUAUUUCAGUCGCUUGGUGUCCACAGACCCUGCGCUGUGAAGAGCAAGGGAUGUAUUAAUUCUGACAAGACUUCCUUUUUCUUUGAUGUAACAAUGAAAUAUUAAAGUUAAAUCUUUUUUUUAAGUUUACUCUCAUUCUAGUGGAAAUGGAAUGAUUUUUUUUAUUAUUGUGGAAUUUUAAGUAUCUGGCUUGGAAGAUAUUUGGAAUUAAACUUGAGAAGCACA